GACGGCCUUUCCGCGGGCCAGGGGCCACGCCGGUUGCCGUGGGCGGGGCGCGCCGGGAAAGUUCCCGGAAGGUGCGCGGCUCGCCCGGACUGGGCGCGGAAGUUGGCGGUGUCAGCGCGGCCGCCGGUCGAGGCCCGCGGCUAUGUCCACAGGGGGCGCCGGGUCCGGCGGGCAGGAGGGGGCCGCGCGCGCGGCGGCGGCGCUCUGCGGCCUGUACCACGAGGCCGGGCAGCGGCUGAGGCGCCUGGAGGACCAGCUGGCCGCUCGGGACGCCCUCAUUGAGCGCCUGCGCGCCCGCCUGGCCGCGCUCGAGGGGGACGCGGCACCCUCGCUCGUGGAGGCGCUGCUGGAGCAGGUGGCGCGCUUCCGGGAGCAGCUCCGGCAACGGGAGGGCGGCGCGGACGAGGCGGCGCUGCGCCAGGAAAUUGAGAGACUUUCAGAGCAACUAGAAGAGAAAGAGAAGGCGGCGCAGCAGCUGAUGAGCCAGCCAGAGCACGAGCGGGAGAAGGAGGUGGCCCAGUUGCGGAGGAGCGUGGCAGAGAAGGAACGUGCCCGGGCUGCCAGCGACAUCCUGUGCCGCUCCUUGGCUGAGGAGACCCAUCAGCUGCGGAGGACUCUGGCCGCCACCGCCCACAUGUGCCAGCAUCUGGCUAAGUGUCUGGAUGAACGACAGCGUGCUCAGGGAGAUGUGGGGGACAAGAGCCCCGAGCCAGAGUGUACAGACACAGCUGCCUCUGUCCAGGCCGUUAUUGAGAAGUUACGGGAAGAAAAUCGACUAUUACGACAGAAGGUGACUCAUGUGGAAGACCUUAAUGCCAAGUGGCAGCGCUACGACGCCAGCAGGGACGAGUAUGUGCGGGGGCUCCAUGCGCAAAUGCAGGGGCUGCGGGCGCCCCCCGAGCCCACCAGGCCCUCCUGCCCCGAGCUGAUGAGGAAGGAGAUUUCUAGGCUCAACAGGCAGCUGGAGGAGAAGAUCCGUGUCUGCGUGGACGUGAGGCGGGAGCUGGUGGCCGUGCGGGGGGCGCGCGACGCAGCGCUGGAACGGGUGCAGAUGCUGGAGCAGCAGAUCCUCGCUUACAAGGAUGAUUUCACCUCAGAACGCGCGGACCGAGAGCGGGCCCAGGGCAGGAUUCAGGAGCUCGAGGAAGAGGUGGCCUCCUUGCGGCAGCAGGCAUCCUGGACACAGGAGCGUCGAGAGCCAGGCUCCUGCCGGACUCACAUGGGAAACAGAACCUCCAAGUACUUAGAGGCCGAUGCUCUGGAGCUUGUGGCGCCCAGUGGAUGGAGGGCUGGGACUGGAUCUCAGGGGCUAGACUCCCCUGCUGAGGGCCGGUGCCCAGGGGCAGCCCGGAGAGGACAGGGGGACCUUCAGUGCCCUCACUGCCUGCGGAGCUUUGGUGAUGAGCAAGGCGAGGAGCUCUUCAGGCACGUGGCUGAGUGCUGCCAGUGAGCCCCAUGCCGGGAAAGGGGAGAGCCCUCGAGAUCUGGGGCCCAGAAUGGGCUGAGGGGGCUUCUGAUCCAUCUUGGUCCUCCCUGGGCAAUGGAACAGACUGGGGACAUCUCCUGGGAGGGAGAGUGGCCCCCCAGCUGCCAGACUGAGGCUGGGAACAGCCAGGAGCAGGGAGCCAGCCAAUGCCACCAGCCCGCGCUGCCCACCUGCAGCUGGGGCACUGCAGCUGCUGGCAGGAGCGGGCUGCCUGCGGGGAUGGCACGUGUGGGCCCCAGGGUGAAAGGUGGCUUGCCUUGUUGUGUUGAAUAAGGACCAGGAGGUUUGCAGAAGUGAGCAUUGUGGCAGACCUUGCACCUGGGGGCCGGUGUCUGCCACCGAAGAGCCGUGCCUCUGCUCUGUUGUACUGCAGUCGCCUUUGCCACGGAUCUGCAAGUCAGGGGACAUUUCAUAUGCACUUACUUUCAUAAUAAACGUACUUGCCCAGG